UUAUUUCCUGGGGCUUGCACGGACCUCUCAGCGGUAUACCAGAGGGAUACCAUGACUAUUUAUAACCAGCAAUUCACUAUUAUAAAUUUCGGUCUUUUCGCCGUGUCGUCGUCGGUUCUAACACCGUGCUGGAGGCAACAAGGAGCCGACUGGAGCAGGAUGUAAAGAAGAAGGUGGUGAGCUGCGUCGGCCCCCUUCUUUGUCUCUCCGUGCCCCUGCAGGUACUGCGGGCAUCCCCGAUACUGCCCUGCACGAGCAGAACCCAUGGCUUUUGGCCCUCCACCUCCCUCUGUAGGCCGCAGGCUCAGGCUAUUGGAGUUGCUACUAGGGGCUGUGUUUGUCUUGCUGGUUUCUGGGCUGGAACCAGUACGAGGACAUCAGGUCUAUACCAACACAUGGGCAGUCCACAUAUCUGGAGGUCCUGAGGAAGCUGAGCGCAUUGCUAGUAAAUAUGGCUUCAUCAGUUAUGGACACGUAUUUGGUGAUUAUUAUCACUUUCGGCAUCGUGCAGUUGUGAAACGAUCGCUGUCUGUUCACAGGGAGGUACACGUCCGUCUACAAAGAGAUUCUAAGGUAAAUUGGGCAGAGCAACAGGUUGUGAAACGAAGGACUAAGAGAGAUGUUUUCACAGAACCUACAGAUCCUAAUUUCACAGACCAGUGGUACUUGUACAAUGACAACCACCGUGACCUAAAUGCCAAAGGUGCAUGGGAAUUGGGCUACACGGGUAAAGGAGUGGUGGUGUCCAUCCUGGAUGAUGGUAUAGAGAAGAAUCACCCUGAUCUAGAGAAGAACUAUGACCCAGAUGCCAGCUAUGAUGUGAAUGAUGGUGACCCAGAUCCUCAGCCCAGAUACACACAACUUAAUGACAAUAGGCAUGGAACACGGUGUGCAGGAGAGGUGGCAGCAGUAGCCAACAAUGACUUGUGUGGAGUUGGUGUCGCUUACAAUGCCAAGAUUGGAGGUGUGCGUAUGUUAGAUGGGGAGGUGACCGACAUGGUGGAGGCCCAGUCUCUCAGUCUGAAUCCUCAACACAUCGACAUCUACAGUGCCAGCUGGGGCCCAGAAGAUGAUGGUAAAACUGUCGAUGGACCUGCCAAACUUGCCAAAGAAGCCUUUGUGCAUGGAGUUGAAGAGGGUCGUGGGGGUUUGGGCUCCAUCUUUGUGUGGGCGUCAGGGAAUGGAGGCAGAGAAAAGGACAGCUGCAACUGUGACGGCUACACCAACAGUAUCUACACCCUGUCGAUUAGCAGCUGUACGGAGAAUGGCAAUGUUCCCUGGUACAGCGAGGCUUGCUCUUCAACCCUAGCCACCACCUACAGCUCUGGCAGCCUUAAUGAGAAACAGAUAGUGACUACAGACCUGAGGUCUAAAUGCACAGACUCGCACACGGGCACUUCUGCCUCGGCCCCUCUGGCUGCUGGGAUCAUUGCACUCGCCCUUGAAGCCAAUAAAAAUCUGACCUGGAGGGAUAUGCAGCACUUAGUUGUGCGAACAUCCCGUCCUGCUCACCUGCUCGCCAAUGACUGGAGAACCAAUGGGGUUGGCCGUAGAGUGAGCCAUUCUUAUGGAUAUGGCCUACUGGAUGCCAAGGCAAUUGUUGAGCUGGCAAAGAAAUGGACCAGCGUGGGCCAACAGCAAAAAUGUGUGAUCACCAUGCUCAAUGAGCCAAGGAACAUUGGCAGCCAUUUAUUGAUCAAUAAGACUGUGGACUCCUGCACGGGGUCGGACAGCCACAUCACCUCAUUAGAGCAUGUCCAGGCCCGCCUCACCUUGUCCUAUAACCGCAGAGGAAACUUACAAAUCCAUCUUAUUAGCCCCACUGGUACUCACUCAACUCUGCUCCAUGCAAGACCUCAUGACUACUCAUCAGAGGGUUUUAAUGACUGGGCCUUCAUGACCACCCACUCCUGGGAUGAGAACCCGACUGGGGCGUGGACUUUGAUUAUCGAGAAUGUCGCCGGUGCCAGUGAUUAUGGCACUCUGACCCAGUUCACACUGGUCCUGUAUGGAACAGGCCCAGCAUCAUCCAGCACAUCUGACAAGGAGCAGACUCAGCCUGCCAACAACUGUAAGACUGUGGACCUGAGGCAGAUCUGCAUCGAGUGCAACGUCGGCUUCUACCUCCACCACCAGGUGUGCGUGACAAAAUGUCCAGAGGGCUACGCUGUCGGUUCCCAGCCCCUCAACUACACGGUGGGGAACUUUGUGGAGCCAGCCUCUGUCCUCGCCUGCCUGCCUUGCUCACCGCCCUGCCUGACCUGCAGCAGCGUCAGCUCACGGUCCUGCUUGUCCUGCCCCCCCCACAGCGACCUGGACCCCAUGUCUGGCACGUGCCAACGCAACCAGAUCAUGCGCAAAUCUCCCGACAUCUUCAUGGUGAGCCAGGGAGCAGGGGAAAAGCAGGACCUGUUCAGCUCUCAGCUGCCCGUGACUGUCGCCGUGCUCAGCUGCAUGGCCAUCAUCGCCACCUUCGCUGGCAUCUUCCUGCUGCUGCAGCUGCGCUCCGGCGCGCUCAUCAAGCUGCCGUCUUUGGAGGCUAGCGGCGGCCUCGGGGGAAACUUUGGCUUUGGAGGGAACAGGGUGGUGUCAUACCGUGGAAUUCCGACAGUGUGGGGUGAUGAAGGGAUAAACACAGACUCUGAAAACGAAGAGUUUGAUGUCCACAAUGAAAGGACUGCUUUUAUCAAAACACAAAGUGCUCUUUAAUACCUCUCCAAAAACCCCUUUCUCUCCUGCUUUUAACAUCCUCUCAUACCCAUGUGUCUCACAAUCAGGGUCGCCUUCCUUUUAUUCUUUUCUUUCCGCUUUUGUUUCUCAUCAUCUUCAGUCUUACUGGGUUCUCUCUUGAGGAUCUCGUCUUCCUCUCCAUUGUGGGAGAACUGAUGGGAAGCUGCUGUCCCAGAUCUUGAGAAGGCCAAAACACGUUCUGUUCACACUUGGGCGCAUUUCUGUUAAAGUGGCUUCUUCCCCUUCCCUUCCCUCCUGUCUCUCCUCUCUCCCUCAAUAACUAACAGUGUCUGUGCAGAUCCUCGUGUCCUCCCAACUCCACCUCCUUUUGUUUUCUUACAGUAAACAAUUGAUUAUUAUCCGAGUUCUUGCUCUUUACUUUCCCUAUCAGUCUCAGUGCAGUAGCCAGAUGAGAUUGUUAAAUUUGUGGACAUAUUUUUGUGUCCAACUACAUUUAUCAGAGUGUAUGUGAGCGAACAAAUCUGACAAAAGUUAAAUCUGUUACGCCCAGAAUGUCAAUUAGGAAGUAAUUAAAAUUUAAAUAACAGUAAAAUCGUAGAUUGUAAAUCAGAGCAUUCUCAGCGAUUUUGCAAUUCUGGAAGUUAUUUUGCUUUGAAGAAUAACAUGAAGCUGCAUAAAUGCUCCAAUUAACUUCCGGGCACAUCACAGGGAGGGGCAUAAAAUAUAAUAAAAUGGAAGGAAACAUUGAUUUACCACAUACUACUACAUCAACUCUGAGGCACCGUCCCCCUGGAGGGAUUGUGCCUUAAUUGUAUCAGAUGUGCUGGCGUUCCGGGGCUGCGAGGAGCAGCAGAGGUGCGCGUCGGACCUAUAACAAUACGACUGGGGAGAGUGCACGCUUUUAUCGAAGCAGCUGGCAAGUACUGAGUCAGCUGUGAUUGACAGCGAUACUACAUGAAGGCUUUCUAUUUUUUUCCAGCCACAUUCAGACUACAAACGUGCGUCGUAGUCGCUCGGCAGCUCUGGGAAUGUGCGACUGUAACCCCUGCGUUACAUCAUGUAUGAUGUUGAUACCGUUGGGAAGUGAAGGUUUCUUUCCAUACUUCAUCUCAUUGUCCACAAUGUUGGGUUUUUGUUGUUUUUUUAGGAAUCUCGCUUUGAGAAUUCACAUCUCAUCUGUGCUCGCUCUGCUCAUCUCAUCUGAAUUUCAGAUGAACUCAGUGUGCUUUCCGUUUGAUUAUAUUCUGAAUGAUACUAGAGCAGCUAUUUAUUCUAAGAGAUUUUAAUCAUACCUUUAGGCAAGGUUGUUUUUAAAAAAAUUUUUUUGCUUCUGGCCUUCUCAUCUUAAAUAUACAUCUUAUGAUUUUAUUGAACUUUCUGUUCCAUUUGGAAUCCAAAAUAUGAGGUCACAUGUUUUGUUUUUCUUUUUUCUCCUUCUUUUUACCGUAAAAUGAAAUUUUCAGUGCGAACGUUAGGGUUUGCUGAGAGGGUGUCAUGGCGAUGACAUGCAUACAAAACUGCAGCUGCUCGUCCUUUUAUCUACCUCUCAUUCUAUUCAGUGAGGUUUCAUAUGUCAUCAGUUCCAUUGUUCAGGAUCAUUGAUCGUAAAGGUCAGAAAUGAAAACUUGUGAUAGAUUUAAAGAACAGAUAUUUAAUGGAACUGCAGAACUGCUGUGUAAAUUCUGGUUUCCCGAAAUGCCUCUUUGUCAAAUCAUUGCCUUUAGGUCUGACACGGCUACACUUUAAGAGCUUUUUUAUUAAAAAUAGGAUUGGUGAAAGGCUUGUCCAUAGAUAAUGUUGGCUGCCGUUUAAAUGCUAAACAAAUGCUGCCAACUUGAAACUGUUGUGGGCAUUUUUCUUCUUUCGUCUUGGGCUUAUUUUAUUGAGUUAAGGCCUUCUUUGUUUUUGAGUUUCUGUCACUGACAAUCACACACGUUCACAAGCACACACACACACACACACACAAGUUAAUUUGUAAUUUAAGCACUUGUGUUUGAUAGCUCCCUUGGUGGUGGAUUUCAUGAAAAAAAAGAAAUGAAGAAAAAUUUUACUUUUUUAUUAGCAUUCUUUUUUCCUUUUCCCAAAUGAGUGAGAGGUUAUAUGUUUAUUCAGCACGAGUUAUAUGAAGCAGGAAUUAAUUACCAACAGUCAGAAAGCCAGUUCAAAAGAGCCGUGAGCACGAAGCAUGUGAGCGCACUCGAACCCUGCCCGGAGCAGCCAAAUUUAUCUCAGAUGGCCAGUGCCGCACCUUUGUUCUGUCGAACUGUUUCAGACGGGAAGCACUCAGCUGGAUUGUAAAUCAGCCUGAGAAGUAACACUAUCAGUUGCAGCAGCUUUUUAUGACAUACGUUAGUGGCUGCUGACAGUUAGGUUUUGAUUUGCCCCAGUUUGAUGAAGAUGGCAAAACCACAGAUGCCACAGUGUCAGCUGUGAGCCAAAAAAAAAUCUCCACUUUCCCGAGCUGUGUGGAGUGUGCAUCCUGCAGCAGCUACUGUGCUAAUUGCCACUAGAAUUACUUCCACAAACUGCUUCCUUCAGCUCUGAUUGCUCAGAAUAGAGUUCCUGCAAACAACGGUGAUGCAGGACUUGUAAUCAUUUAGAUGCAGAUUGGAUUGCCAGCUUUAAGCAGCCAAAAUGAUGCAUUGUGCAUCUGUUCUCAACAGCAUCAGGAAUUAUAAUGCAGUUACUCAUGAAGUGAAACGAUUUGUGUGUUUUGACAAGUUCUCUGCCCUCUCGAGUGUGUGUGUGUGUGUGUAUAUAUAUAUAUAUAUAUAUAUAUAUAUAUAUAUAUAUAUAUAUAUACACACAAAUGAUUUAUUCAUUUUUCUUUGAUGUUAUUUUCACUACAGCCUAGAAAAAGGAAAAAAAAACUUUCAUGUGAUGAACUCCGAGGCCUGUGCAUUCAAGUGUUUCACUUUGACAACAACAUGAAUGCAGGCAGCAUUAAGUAGCUCGUGCUUCCACAGAGUGCGCUCACAAGCUGCUGUAAAUCCAUUCCCGCGCUCGUGUUGCUGAAAGCAUGCGAUGAAAAAGACACUUACAAAAAACAAGAAGAGCUUCUCUAAUUGUACCAAAAAGUAGUUCAGAAUUGCACAACUACUUCUUCACUAAAAUCUGGCAAUGUUUUAAUGUUAAAAAAAAAACCUAAACAAAAGCAUACAAUGCAUAUUAAAAA